GACAGGGGGACAGGGGGACAGGGGGACAGGGGGACAGGGGGCAGGUGGCAAGCAGCUGUAUCAAAUCGCGGUGUACGGAGUUUUGCAAAACUUAAAUAAUGUUUGUAGAGCGUUGCUCACUUUUAUACCCCAGCGUGCACCUCUUUAGAUCUACCUACUGUUGUUUGACCUUAGGUACCUACCCUAAACACUUGCAAGAGCCGGAUUGGACAAUGCCCCCAAAGCAAUCUGCAAGCAACGCUCACGGCCGAGGCUCUUCUGGACCGGCCAAGGGUUGGGCUUCCGCCUCUUCUACUUCUGGUCCUUCCCGAGCGCGCAAGCAAGCCCAAGCCACCGCUUCGGACGCGAGCGACGCGGAUCCGUUUGCGGAGGACGAGCAGCCGCAGCAGCGACGAAGGGCGCAAGAUACGAUGGACCUCGACGAAGACGAAGCGGAAGAAGAAGAGGAGAGGAAGACGAUACCACCGGAGCUGCUGACACAUGUGCUGCAUCAGUUCUUCGAGAAGGACGGCACGAGGGUCUCGAAGGAUGCGAAUGCGGCCAUUGCGAAAUACAUGGAUAUUUUCGUGCGGGAGGCGAUUGCGCGGACUGUCGUGGAGAAAGAGAAGGGGUUUCUCGAGGUGGAGGAUCUGGAGAAGAUCGCGCCGCAGUUACUGCUUGAUCUUUAAGGGCUGCGGGUAGGAUAUUUGUAUUGAUCUAGUGCAGAUGAUCUGUGACGGGAUUAUGAUCUGUGACGAUGAAGGUGGUAUGGACCGGCAAGUAUGUAUGCUUGUAUGAACCAUUCCUCCAGAUCGAUCUACAAAGCCGCCGUCACAGAGAUCUUGGCGUUUCUUCUGCCAGCCAAGCUUUUCGGGCUGAUAGUAGCUGGCUGAGCACAUCGUUCUCGAAGCCUCGUAGAUUAUGUAGAAACACGCCGUACUGUUGAGACCAAGUAACCUAGGCGGCAUCCUCCUCCACGGCUUAUGUCCUCAUUCUACAUAUUCUACCCCUUAGAUGAUAGUGCCGUCUAUCUAUUCUACAACCCUUUUGCUAAAGGGCACGAUGUCAAGGACAGCUUUGCUCUGGACAUUGACAGAUAGCUUGACUUACAACCAGUCGAGAAGAUGCUAGCUGAAUAGGGAUAUCUUUUCGCUCGCAGGCAUUUUAAAACAUCAAACUCGUGAAAUAAGGAAUCUCAAAGCGGGAGCCACAAUUUGUUUCGAAUGCCUUACGCGGAAUUCAGAAACGCUUCACCGCAGCAAGACGCAUAUGAAAUUCUCGAUUCCAAUAUUUUUUGUCUUUAGCGUUUCGGCCCC